GCCACAACCCCUCUCCCUGUCUUCUUCCCAGCCGAGCAGCGGCUCUGCGAGCUCCCCUCCAUGGCGUCCUCCCCUCCUCUCCCACGGCUGCAGCAGGGAGCGCAGCCCCUCCCCGCGAGCUCUCUCCUCUUGCUGCCUGGCCGAGCUCGCUGUUCUCCCUGCUCCACGGCGAGCAGCAGCUCGUCCACCUCUUCCUCCCAUGGUGCCCAGAAAUUCCUGCAGCAAGGACUCCACAGCAGCAGCGAGCUCGCUGUCUUCCAUGGCGUGGCGCCUCUGCUCAGCCAGCAGCCAUGGACGCCCCCUGCCACUGCUCCACAUCUGCAUGGAGCCGAGCUCUCCCCUCUCCACCAGCCAGCUCCCCUUCCUUCUCCCCCUUCUUCCCCAUGGAAGCCGAAGCCCCUUUCUGCUUUCUCAUCUCCCUUGGCUGCCAAGCCCAACAAUGGCGCCCAGAUUUUUUUUUCAGUCAUCUCCCAUGGCAUUUCCCCCUGCGAGCAGCGCUUAUCCGUUGUCUUCAACCUCCAGCCGCUCCCAUCUCCCUGCAGCGCCCUGUCUGUUUUUUUUCACCCAGCCGAUUCCCCCUGCUGUCCCCUGCGCCCUGCAUAUUUUUUUUCCAUGGAAAGCAGCAGGAGCAAUGCCGCCUAGGCCCCUGCUCCUCCCCUCUGCCCCACAAAACAGCAGCCGCAGCGAGCCACCGUCGUCCAUGGCGAGCAGCCUCUCCCCUCAUCGCGUGACAUUGCUCUUGUGCUCGCUGCGCAGCCCCAUCCGUGACACCGUCGAAAACCGUGCUAGUGGUCGACGCCGCGCUUCGCGCCUUGCCCGUUCGACGAAAUGCCAAGCCAUGUGGACAACCCAUGCAUCUAGUCCCGACUCGUUCAGGACCGAGAGAUGGUGAUCGUGCACGUGAUAUGGUGCCAACCACAGGAUGGCGUUGGUGGACGACCCAAGGAAGGAUGGACUUAACCACUGGAUGCUCGCCAAGCGAGUACCCACCCCA